AUGGCGGGCGGGCCGCCCGUGCUGCUGGGGCUGCGCGACGCCGCCAUGGCGGGGCCGGGCCCGGCCGGGCCGCUCCCCGCAUGGGCCACCAACAAGCUGGGCGGCACCGCGGACUGGGUGCCGAAGGUGCGGGCGGCCCCGCCGCGUUGCGCGCGGUGCGGGCGGGCGCUGCUGCUGCUGGUGCAGGUGUACUGCCCGCUGGAGGCCAGCCCCGGGCACCGCGCCCUCCACGUGUUCGCCUGCGCCGCGCCGCGCUGCUGGGGAGCGGCCUGCAGCUGGAAGGUGCUGCGCUCCCAGUACUCGGAGGCCCAGGAUAAACAAACCCGAGAUCUCUGCAUCAAGCAGAAGCAAGAAUCAAACUUUGCUGCUGAGGAUUGGUGUGAAGAUGCAGAUGACUGGGGAGCCUGUGAUGGAGCAGAGCCUCCUGCAUGUGCUUCCCUUGAACUUCUUGGCCUAAAGGAAGCUGUGAGCAGCGAGGCGGAAUGUGUAUCCCAGCUCCAACAGCUCCACCUGUCUGAGCCUGCCUGUGGCCCAGGUCCCCAGGACACACAUCCUGCAGCCAGUGAAGAGAUGGUGAUGGCAAUGGCUGGUUCAGCUCCAGUGUUCCAGCCCUUCUACAUUAAUGUUGUGGAUGAGGAAGACUACAUGGGUUUCCUUGAUACACAUCAUGUAGAUAAGCUACUGAAGGAGUAUCAACAGAGAGAGUGUGUUGAUUUGGAACAGAUGAUGUCAGAAAGUUUUGCAGGUGAAGAUGGUAAUGAAAAAUAUGAGAAGAGUGGAGUCAAAAGCUGGGACCACACAUUCCAUAAAUUCAUGAAAAGAAUAUCUAUGUGUCCUGAACAGAUUCUAAGAUACUCUUGGGGUGGCCAGCCUUUAUUCAUCACGUGUCCUGCAGCCAACCUGGACCAGGGUAUUCCUGCCUGCAGUUACUGUGGAAGCAGCAGAGUGUUUGAGUUCCAGCUGAUGCCCACGCUGGUCAGCAUGCUCCAGAGUGACUCAGAUCUGUCUGUGGAAUUUGGAACUGUUAUAGUUUACACAUGUGAGAGAAGCUGUUGGCCAACAAAUCAUCAAACCCCUCUUGAAGAAUUUAUUUUUGUACAAGAAGACCCGGAUCAGAGAUUAUUUAAAUAAAUUGUAUUUCUCUGCAUAGAUGAAAACUCUGUUGGGGUAUUUUCGUUUCUUUUGCUACAUGUAUGUAAUUACAUGACAGAAUUUUCCUCAGAUGUGGUACAUUAAAUUGUUUGAUGGCAUUGUGCUUAUUUCCAAGAAUAACUGAUUGAAAGAUGUUAGCAUGCCUCUAAAAUGUGGCAAAAUUUACAUACCUUGGUUACAUGUGGAAAUUAAAGUGUAGACAUUGCUUCACAAUCUAA